UUGGCUAUAAAUCCUCGUUAGUUGCUUAUUGUUUACCAUCAUAUCAUUCUUGCCUCUUUUCUUCAGUCCCAAGUAAACCAGUUUUUGUUGAACCAAAUCAAUAUCAGGCCAUGGGGUCUCUUUUGUUGCUGCAAUUUCAAAUCAUUUUGUGUCUACAUAUGUUCUUCACUUCUUUCUCUUCAUCUUCGUCUUUGUCUCCGCCUUUAUGCCAUCCUGACCAAAACUCUGCCUUGCUUCAACUCAAGAACUCGCUAAAGGUUGAUGGAUGGGAAAAUGGAACAGAUUGCUGUUCGUGGCCUGGUGUCACAUGUGAAUCCACGUCCGGUCACGUGAUUGGUCUCGACCUCAGCUGUCAUGGGCUUGAAGGUAAAAUCAAUUCUACAAGUAGUCUCUUCCAUCUUACUCAUCUCCAAAAGAUCAACCUUUCUCGCAAUAGUUUCUAUGGUCCUCUAUUACCAUCUCAGUUUGGCGGGUUUGUGAAUCUUACACUCUUGAACUUGUCUUGGUGUUCUUUUGAAGGUGAUAUUCCUUCUGAAAUCUCAUAUCUUUCCAAAUUAGUCUCAUUAGAUCUCUCAGGUAACUUAAAUCUAAAGUGGACAGAAAUCACUUGGAAGAGGCUGCUGCAAAAUGCAACAGCUUUAAGAGAGAUCUUUCUAGAUUAUACAGAUAUGUCAUCAAUUAGUCCAAGUUCUUUGUCUUUAAUCACCAAGUGGUCUUUCUCUUCAGUUACUCUUGGCCUUAGUAACACAAAUAUAACGGGGUAUUUGACAAGUGAUAUUCUUUGUUUGCCCAAUCUAAAAGAGCUGCAUCUAUAUGGAAACACAUACCUUCAAGUCCAUGUUUCUAGAUUGAAUUGCAAUGCUUCUGUUAGUAUUUUGGAUCUUUCAUUUUGUGAGUUCCAAGGAUCAAUGAUCCCUUCAUCUUUCUCUAAUCUCACAUAUCUCUCUUCUUUGACUUUGUUUUUAUGUGGCCUUAAUGAUUCAAUUCCCUCUUCACUUUCAAACCUUCAACAUCUCACUCACUUGGACCUUUCAUCUAAUAGUAUCGUCGGCUCGAUCCCAUCCUCAUUUUCAAACCUUCAACAUCUCACUUACUUGGAUCUUUCAAACAAUAAUCUAACUGGUGCAGUCCCAGCAUCUUUCUCAAAGCUAGAGCUUCUCACUCAUUUAGACCUUUCAUCCAAUGAACUCAAUGGUUCAAUCCCUUCAUCUCUUUGGAAGCUUCAAGAUCUUGUUGUCUUGGAUCUUUCUUACAAUGAACUAAGUGGUCAACUUCCAGAUAUAUUUGGUGGGCUAAACAAACUGCAAACUCUUAAUCUUGGGAACAACAAAAUACAGGGAAAGUUGCCAUUCUCAUUGUUUACAUUGACUCAACUUUCUAUCUUGGAUCUUUCUUCUAAUAAAUUUGAAGGGCCCUUACCUAAUCAAAUAGCAGGUUUUUCAAAUCUGACUGAAUUAUAUCUGGAUGGCAACUUGUUAAAUGGGACAAUUCCUUCUUGGUGUUUAUCUUUGCCGCUUUUGAAACAUUUAAACCUUUCAAGUAACCAAUUCACAGGAAAUCUAAGUGAAAUCUCAUCUUAUUCCUUGCUGUACUUAAAUUUAUGCGGCAACAAAAUUCAUGGAGAUAUUCCAAAGUCGAUUUUCGACCUUGUGAACCUCACUGAAUUGUGUUUGUCAUCAGAUAACCAUGGUGGUUUUGUCAAUUUUCCACUCUUCUCCAAACUUCAGAACUUGAGGUCUCUUACUCUUUCAGGCUAUGAAUCAAUAUCACUAAAACCUGAUGUCAAUGCCAAUUAUACUUUCCCCAAUUUGAAAAUGUUGCACUUAUUUUCCAACACCAUACUUGACUUUCCAAAGUUCUCAGGAAAAUUUCCGAGGUUGCUCAUACUUGAUUUAUCCAAUAACAAUCUCCAAGGUAAAGUGCCUAAAUGGAUACAUGAUUUGGAUUCUUUAUAUCAUUUGAACCUCUCAACAAACCUAUUGACAUCAAUAGAAAAAUUCUCAUGGCAUGGCCUGCAAUACCUUGAUCUUAGUUCUAACUCGAUGACCAAUGAAAUUUCAUCCAUCUUAUGCAAUAUAAGUUCUCUUGAGGUUGUGGACUUGUCCAACAACUAUUUCACAGGAACAAUUCCACAAUGCCUUUCCAACUUAUCAUAUCUUGAAGUUUUGGAUCUACGGAUGAACAAACUCUAUGGCACUUUGCCAGAUACGUUUUCCAUGAACAGCAACCUCAAAACUUUGAAUCUGUAUGGAAAUCAAGUAGAAGGCCAAUUGCCUAAAUCUUUGUCCAACUGCACAGAGCUGGAGGUUUUGAUUCUUGGCAACAAUCGAAUAGAGGAUACCUUUCCCUAUUGGCUUCAGAAUUUGACAUCUUUGAAAGUGUUGGUCUUAAGAGGCAAUAAGUUUUAUGGUCCUGUUGGUAAUAACUUGACAACCAAGCAUCCAUUUCCAAGUUUAAUUAUCUUUGAUGCAUCAGGCAACAAUUUUAGUGGCCUGUUGCCAAAAGACUUCAUUGAGAAUUUCCAAGCCAUGAAGAAUGUUGUUCAUGCUGAAGUGGGAAGUGUUUUGAGUUACAUGAAUAGUCGCUUUUACUCUGCAAUAAGUUAUGAAACUCAACCAGAGUAUGCUAACUCAUUGAUAGCAACAGUUAAAGGGGUCAGCAGAGCUUACACAAAAAUUCCAACCAUCUUUGCAUAUAUUGAUUUGUCAGAGAACAAAUUUGAAGGAGAGAUUCCAAAUGUUAUUGGAGAGGUUCAUGCACUCAUAGCACUCAACCUUUCCCAUAACAAACUCAUUGGUUCUAUUCCUCAAUCCAUGGGAUAUUUGACACAACUUGAAUCAUUGGACCUCUCAUCGAAUAUGCUCACAGGUCGAAUCCCAAAUGAAUUGACCAAUCUAAACUUUCUUGGAUUCUUGAAUCUUUCCAGCAACCAUCUUGUAGGACUAAUACCUCGAGGAAAACAGUUUGAUACGUUUCGAGAGGAUUCCUACCAAGGGAACAUGGGGUUAUGUGGAUUUCCAUUGUCAAUACAAUGCAACAAGAUCCUUGAAGAAGAACCUUUAUCCUCUCCAACCAAUCAAGCUGAAGAGAAAUUUGGAUUUGGUUGGGAGGCAGUGGCAAUAGGAUAUGGAUGUGGAACUGUGUUUGGAAUAGGAUUGGGAUGCUGUGUUUUCUCAAUUGGAAAGCCUCAAUGGCUUGUCACAAUCUUUGGAGGUGAUCCAAACAAAGGUAUGAAAAGGAAGAGAGGAACAAGGUCUCAUGGAAACCGUACAAGAACAAAUUAAUGGAUAUAUGACAUAACAGAAGCAUGUCUUGUUGCAUACUUCUUGGGAUCAUGGAACACUGUCAAGUUCUUUUUGCAUGUUUGGUUGCAUUGUAAUAUUU